UGUAAUUGUUGCGUUAAUAAUUUGUAUUUUAAGUUGCUGAAACAAUCCCAAUUCAAAGAUUUAUGGCAUACAUGAAAAAUGGGAAAACAACAGUUCGUCAUGCACGUGGGAUCGUGGUUGGAUGUGCUGGAGCAGGAAAGACGACACUACUGUACAGACUAAUGGGGAAAAGUCUUGACGAAAUUAAAGAAAUAAAAUCCACUAGGGGGCUUCAUGUCUACGAACAUUUAUUUUUGGUGAAAAAUGAAGAUUUAAUUGCAAGUGAAGACUAUGUCUUAAAGAAGCGACUGAUUAGAGUUCCAAUUUCUGCACUUAAACAGAAUAUUAAUGUUGAUUUAUUACAUGCAUUCAAUGAGAGAAAAAUUCAAAUCAGUGCCAGUUUGCGAAGUGCUCAAAAUGAUACGUUGGCUGGAAAUGAAUUUGGCAAAAACCCAUCGACUUUGCACAAUUUGUCAUUGGAUAAUGAUGCAAAUUAUACACAACUGACACAGGACUUGAUGAAAGAAGUUUUAGAUGCCAGGGAAAAUGAAAUAAGUGUCAGCAUAAUGGAUUUCGCCGGACAAUUUGCUUAUUAUGCUUGUCAUCAGAUCUACAUGAGGUCUGAAGCAUUCUACGUCCUGGUGAUGGAUAUGAGUAAAGCUUUCCAUGAUGUUAUUAACAGUACAACAGAUCAGCACCAAGAGAGAUCUAUCUUCAAUACAUGGUCCUACAAAGAUUAUUUACACUUCUGGCUUGACUCCAUAAAAUCCUUUGGCGGAACUUCUGCUCAGGUUUUUGCUGUAGCUACGCAUGCAGAAGGCAAGAAUGAAAAGAAACAGGAUUGUUUUUGGGAGAGUCUUUGGACAUUAGUAUCUGAGAACGACAAGACUUGGCUCCAAAAAUGCAUUGGCGAAAAGGAAUUUGCAUUAGGACUCAUAGAAAUGAAUGAACAAGGAACAUUUUCACUGCAGAGUCUUAAAAAUGCAAUCGUUGAGGUUGUAUCGAAAUAUAUGGACACAAAGAUAGAAGUCCCAUCGGCAUGGGCUCUUCUUGAACAUCUCUUGAAAAAAACAGAAAAGCCAAUCUUGUCAGUUAGUGACAUCAACAGAGAGAAUGAGAAACUUCCGGAAGAAUACCAGUUGAAGAGUCAGGAAGAAAUUCUCGAUUUCCUAUCUUUUUUCCAUGGGCAUGGAUUGUUACUCUUUUUUAAGGAAGAUGAACUGAGUUCACAUGCGAUUCUUGGGAUACAAUGGUUUUCUAAUGCGUUUAGUAAACUUAUUGCCGACAAGGAACACAUCAACAGGGACUGCAAACGAAGAUACAUCAAAGAAUGGAACAAUUUCAAUGCCACAGGAAACCUGCCUAAUUCACUUGUUGAUGCUCUAUGGAAAGAAGAACCGACGUAUGCUCAAUACAAGACAGAACUUAUGUCAUAUAUGGAAAGACUGCGAAUGUUAGUCAGAAUUGACAGAACAGAAGACGAUAUCUCUUGGUAUGUGCCCUGUAUGAAUAAAAAGUGUUUCACACACGACGUCUUUGAAAGGAAACUAGAAAAAUCAUCUGUUUUGUGUUUUCGAUUCACGUCUUUUGCGAUGUUUAUGUAUUACAGGCUUAUUGCAUAUUGCAUGAGUUUUCUUAAGUGGGGUGUACCAUCAGAUAAAAAGGGAAGCCAAUGUUUGUAUCACACAGCUGCGAUAUUUGAAACCCUGAAUCAUACUGUUGUUGUUGGCAUUUCUGACAAUGACAUCCAAGUGCAAGUCUUGCGAAGCAAUAAUCUGCAUCCAGAAGUUUCCUGUGAAAUUGGACAAGCUAUUGAAAUCACCUUAUCACAAUUGACGAAGACAUUUGAUGAGAAGAAAAAUUUUCAAAAGGGCUAUAAAUGCCUUAAUAUUUUCUGCAGUAAAGGUGAUACGACAUUCAUUCCAGAAAAUAACGUAUAUGAAAUAAAGGACUCUGUGAUUCAAUGCAACUGUCCGAUAGGGAAGAGACAUGACAUAGAUGUUCCAUGGACAUUAGGAUUUUGGAAAAAGGCAAAAGAAAAUGAUAUGGAAUUAUCCCAAAAUCUGAAUGCGAAUCACGUAGUUGAAAGUACAUUGUCUGCCAAGGAGUCAAAAAAGCGGAACUGGGAGAUGUUUGAAAAACUGACAGAAAUUUCUCGAGAUGUGUUGCAAAUCUAUUUCGACAACAAUAUACCUCCACAAGAUCUAGAAAAAGUAUUGACAACAUACAAGGACGAUAUGAAGAAAGGUCCUUACAGAUUUGGGGAAGAACAGCUGAGGGUUCUAUUUCCAGGUGACGGAAGUUGUGUAACAUCUUCUUCAUUCGACAUUACGAUGAUGUACAAGUUAUUGAGAAACUAUCAAGGGAAAGAUCUGCCAGGUUGGGGAAAGAAACCAGAAACUGAAGACAUAAAUGAAGUCAACGACGUAGAGCGAAUCCGAUGGUACAGAAACAAAAUUUAUCAUGCAGUGUCAGAAACAAAGGUCCUAGAAAAGGAUGUAUUUGAAAAAUACUGGUUAGACCUAUCUCAGGCUAUAGAGAGACUUAGCAAGGGGGAAUAUAGAGCAGCUAUAGAAGAACUAAAAUUACAGAUUUAAGGAUUAAGUUACUUAAUAGAAAAUCUUGCUGUGAUGAAAUAAAUAUGUGGAUGGCUGAUGUUUCAAAAAAUUUGCCGUCAAAGUUGUGGUUUCUUUGAACAACAUAAUUAUUUGAAAUGAACAGGAAACCUUCUUCUAUUUACGACCGAUAAUAUAAUAACUGCAAUAAAAUAGUUUACUACAAUUAUUCUUUAAAGAGUUACUUUGUCAGUUACGCAUUGAUAGCCAUUGAAACUCUGUUAUACAAACAUUCAUUUUUUGUUAGAUUUAUGAUCUUGUACAUGUAUAUGCAGUGUAUGUGUACAUAUUUUAGUGAAUAUAACUC